CUUGUCCGCCAUUACGCCAACACCAUGCCCCCUUUCAUGUCAUCCUUUACGCCAUUCGUACCUACUCCUCUCCUCUCCUGGACAAGGAAACGCACUGCUCCCUCCACCUUCUUGUUCUUGCACCAUGGAGCCAUGCUGCUAGCUCGCCUCCUGCUGCACCUGCUUUUUGUGCCUGCUUCGCCCGCCUCUCCCCUGCGCCGCUUGCCUCUCCCGUGUCUCCCUCCCUCCUCCUUUAAUCCCAAGCAGCAUUGGCAUUGCAUUGCCCGUCUUCUCUUCUUCUUCCUCUCCAAGCUUGUCUUACUUGACAAAGAAACGCAGACCCCCCUUGUCUUUCUUGCUCCGCAUUGCGGCGGCCCAGAUGAUCACCGCGGCGGACCUCUACCACGUCUUCACGGCGGUGGUGCCGCUCUACGUCGCCAUGACGCUCGCCUACGGCUCCGUCCGCUGGUGGCGCAUCUUCACCCCGGACCAGUGCUCGGGGAUCAACCGCUUCGUCGCGCUCUUCGCCGUCCCGCUCCUCUCCUUCCACUUCAUCUCCUCCAACGACCCCUACGCCAUGAACCUGCGCUUCCUCGCCGCCGACACGCUGCAGAAGCUCGCCGUCCUCGCGCUGCUCGCCCUCUGGUGCCGCCUCCGCCGCGGCUCCCUCGACUGGCUCAUCACGCUCUUCUCCCUCUCCACGCUCCCCAACACGCUCGUCAUGGGCAUCCCGCUGCUCCGCGGCAUGUACGGCGCCGCGUCCGCAGGCACGCUCAUGGUGCAGAUCGUCGUGCUCCAGUGCAUCAUCUGGUACACCCUCAUGCUCUUCCUCUUCGAGUACCGCGGCGCAAAGAUGCUCGUCCUCGAGCAGUUCCCGGACACCGCCGCAGACAUCGUCUCCUUCCGCGUCGACUCCGACGUCGUCUCCCUCGCCGCCGGGGGCGGCGCCGACCUGCAGGCCGAGGCCGAGGUCGGGGAGGACGGACGGAUGCGGGUCACCGUGCGCAAGUCCACCUCCUCCCGCUCCGAGGCUGCCUGUUCCCACUCCCACUCCCACUCCCAGUCCAUGCAGCCGCGCGUCUCCAACCUCUCCGGCGUCGAGAUAUACUCGCUGCAGUCAUCCAGGAACCCCACGCCGCGCGGAUCCAGCUUCAACCACGCAGAGUUCUUCAACAUCGUCGGCAAGUCUGGGGACGAGGAGAAGGGCUCAGCCGGCGCCGGCACCGGCGGCCACUCGCCACAGCCGCUGCCGCAGGCCUUGGCGGCCAAGCGCAAGGACCUGCACAUGUUCGUCUGGAGCUCCAGCGCCUCGCCCGUCUCUGACCGCGCAGCUGGCGCCGCCGUGCACGUCUUCGGCGGUGGCGCCGACGACGUCCUCGCCAAAGGUGGUGCCCAGGCCUACGACGAGUACGGCCGCGGCGGCGGCGACGACUUCAGCUUCAGGAACAAGAACGGCGGCGCGGCCAACGGCGACGGCCCCACGCUCUCCAAGCUGGGCUCCAACUCCACCGCGCAGCUCCACCCCAAGGACGACGGCGAGGGGAGGGCCGCAGCCAUGCCGCCGGCCAGCGUCAUGACCAGGCUCAUCCUCAUCAUGGUGUGGAGGAAGCUCAUCAGGAACCCAAACACCUACUCUAGCCUCAUCGGCGUCGUCUGGUCCCUCGUCUCAUACAGGUGGGGGAUUGAGAUGCCGGCGAUCAUCGCACGGUCGAUCUCGAUCCUGUCGGACGCCGGGCUCGGGAUGGCCAUGUUCAGCCUAGGGUUGUUCAUGGCGCUGCAGCCCCGGAUCAUCGCCUGCGGGAACUCGCUUGCGGCGUAUGCCAUGGCUGUCAGGUUCCUCGUCGGUCCUGCUUUCAUGGCUGCUGCCUCCCUCGCCGUCGGGCUGCGUGGGGUUCUUCUGCACAUCGCCAUUGUUCAGGCUGCUCUUCCACAAGGAAUCGUCCCCUUUGUGUUCGCCAAGGAGUACAACGUUCACCCCAACAUCCUGAGCACAGCCGUGAUCUUCGGGAUGCUGAUCGCCCUCCCCAUCACCCUGGUCUACUACAUACUGCUGGGCCUCUGAACCUCAGCUCAGCUCAGCUCAUCCCAACUAGGUGUCACUGACAACAUUAUUCAGUACUAGCAGUAUCGUUUACUUUGCUUGGAUAAUCCAGCUUAGAAUGGUAGCCUAGGUUCUUUUAGGCGAGGAUGGCUUUUUAAGUUCGGUGACAGAGGAACCAUUUCAGACUGAAGCAUCAGAACUAUGAGAGUUGAGUCGGCUUAGGCUGGUGCCAACGCACCGCCCCGCUCCCGCCCCGCCACGUCAGCUUUUGGCCCACUCUCA